AGAAACACAGAAAAAGACAAAUAACAUGAUAAUGCACAAGAUAAAACUCUUCAUAUGUGCUACAGCCACGAAUUUAUCCUCAACAUCAUUUUGCAUCACCUUUUGACCUUGCAAAGAGACCCUUGGCUUUUACCUGUCAGCACCUUCAACAUGGAUACAGAUAUUAUACCAUGCUGCAGAUAUGCAAACUUUCCAAAAGUUUGUGUUCCUUAUUUUAAUCACAUAAUUGACAUUGUCUUGAGGUCAAUGAUUAUUUUGUCCAUUACUUAUCUUUACUUAUCAUUUGCUUUGGAACGUGUGUGUGUGCAUUGCCUUAUCAUUGUGCAAUAGUAGAAUGUCAGUCCACCUGUAUAAAAGAGGAUGCAUGCAUGUCUGUGGGCACUCAGGUUUUGAAGUCUAAAGGUGAGUAUACUGCAGGAUCAUAGACCUGCCACAUUACUAUUGCAGUAUUUCUGUUUGAAUGGUUCUGUAAUGUAAUCAACCUUACUGACAUGAGCCUGAUAUGCUGUUCUGCACCACUGAAAUACAUUAUCUUCUACAGCUGACAGCAGAGCCGAAAUAAUGAAGUGGGCCUUUGUUGUGUGUGCCAUGGUGGCACUGUCUGAGUGCCUUGUCCAGAUCCCUCUGGAGAAGGGUAAAACUGCCAGGGAGAUCUUGGAGGAGCAGGGUCUGUGGGAGGAGUACAAGCAGAAGUUCCCAUACAACCCAAUGUCCAAGUUCGACCAUCGCUUUGCCGUGGCCGGCGAGCCCAUGACCAAUGAUGCUGAUCUGUCUUACUAUGGAAUCAUCUCCAUUGGAACUCCUCCUCAGUCCUUCAAGGUCAUCUUUGACACCGGCUCUUCUAACCUGUGGGUGCCCUCCGUCUACUGCAGCAGUCCAGCCUGCAACAACCACAACAAAUUUAAUCCUAGCAAGAGCAGCACCUUCAGAUACAAUGGCACUCCUCUCGAUAUCCGCUAUGGCACUGGCAGCAUGACCGGUGUCCUUGCAUAUGACACUGUAACGGUGGGAGGGCUCGCAGUGACAAACCAGAUCUUUGGUUUGAGUCAAAGUGAAGCUCCCUUCAUGCAGUACAUGCGUGCUGAUGGUAUCCUGGGCCUGGCCUACCCACGUCUGUCUGCCUCUGGCGCUACACCUGUCUUCGACAACAUGAUGAAGGAGGGCCUGGUCAACCAGGACCUCUUCUCAGUGUACCUGACUUCUAACUCUCAGCAAGGAAGUGUGGUGACCUUUGGUGGUACUGACCCCAACCACUACUAUGGCCCCAUCACCUGGAUUCCCCUCUCUAAUGAGCUGUACUGGCAGAUCACAGUGGACAGUGUUACUGUCAACGGACAGGUCGUGGCUUGCAGUGGCGGCUGCCAGGCUAUUGUGGACACUGGCACUUCUCUGAUUGUUGGACCUCAGAGCAGCAUCAGCAACAUCAACAGUGUGGUGGGAGCUAGCAGCCAGAACGGAGACUAUGUUGUCAGCUGUAACAACAUUGGCCAAAUGCCUGAUGUGACCUUCCAUAUCCAUGGACAGCAAUUCACCCUCCCAGCCUCUGCCUAUGUCAGUCAGUCUAGCUACUUUGGCUGCCGUACUGGUUUUGGCAAUGGAGGUGACAGCCUGUGGAUCCUGGGUGAUGUCUUCAUUAGACAGUACUAUUCUAUCUUCAACAGAGCCCAGAAUAUGGUGGGUCUGGCCAGGGCCAGAUAAUCAACCUGAAGUCAACUUGCAACAACAGCCAUGCAACAAUCAUAAAUAUAUCCUAGUGUAAUUGUAGGACUUCCAACACAAGGUUUCCAGCACAACUACAACAUGUAAUGCUUGAGAUCUUUUCCUUGUCCUAUAGAUGAUUCAAUUUUC